GGAUUUUGAGCUAAACUCUCUCUCUCUUCUCUACUUUCGCAGUUUGCUAGAGAAGAAAGGUUGAAGGCGGUCGGGAGAUAUGGCGAAGGAUCGGGAGAGGAAGAGGCCCAACGUCCUCGUCACGGGCACGCCCGGAACGGGGAAGACGACGACGGCCACCGCCCUCGCCGACGCCACCCAGCUCCGCCACGUCGGCAUCGGCGACCUGGUCAAGGACAAAGGCCUGCACGACGGCUGGGACGACGAGCUUGAGUGCCAUGUCAUCAACGAGGACCUGGUAUGUGAUGAGCUCGAGGAUGCAAUGGAACAAGGCGGGAACAUUGUUGAUUACCAUGGGUGUGACUUCUUCCCUGAGCGAUGGUUUGAUCUCGUCGUUGUGCUUCAAACAGAAAACUCUAUCCUCUAUGAUCGCUUGAGUAAGAGAGGAUACACUGGGUCGAAGCUCUCAAACAAUGUAGAAUGUGAAAUAUUCCAAGUACUGUUGGAGGAGGCAAAAGAAAGCUACCCUCAAGACAUCGUUCUGGCAUUGAAGAGUGACACCGUGGACGACAUAGACAGGAAUGUGGCUUCCUUGACAGAGUGGGUUAGGCAGUGGCAUCCCACAUCCUGAUGCCAAUUUUAAGAAGCUUUCCUCUGUCCUCUGCUUCUGCGUUCUUUUUAACUUAUGAAUUUCAAGCGCAUUACUCUUUUUUUUUUGGCUCUUUUUCUUCCCCUUCAAAAUGUCAGUUGACGUAUCAAUUUUGGUGAACCGUGGCCGGUUAUGAUGACUGUGUUUGAAAGACAUGAGACCGAGGCUAAGAUAGUUCUGUAUUGUACUCAGACAGGUGGUUUGUCGGUUGUGAAAUCAGGCUGAAUGUGAGAUCAUUUUCUUUCAGCACUGCAA